UUUGCUUCCUUCCAUACAAAACCAAACUUCUCUCCUUCAUCGAUCUUGAUAGAAUUUCUUUCAUUCAAAAUAAAAAUGUCAAAGCAUUGAAAAUACUACCAACCACAGCGUCAUUUCAUUCACUAUAAAUAAGUAACAGCCUUUGCUUCCUUCCAUACAAAACCAAACUUCUCUCCUUCAUCGAUCUUCCCAAAAUGGCAUUUUCUUCACAUCAUAUUCUCUUCAUAGUUUCGGCUUUGAUCUUUUCUGUGAUAAAUCCUGCAGAUUGUGCCACAUCAGAUGGCCCUUUCAUCCAUUCUAGAGCGGCAUACUACCCAAAUUCUGAUGACAAAGGAUCAGAAACUGGGAGAUGUGGAUAUGGCUCAUUUGGAGCAACGAUUAAUAAUGGAUAUGUAGCAGCUGCAUCUGAUCUUUACAGAGAUGGUGUAGGCUGUGGUGCUUGUUACCAGGUGAGGUGCACCAAUAGCAAGGAUUGCUCAGAUGAAGGAGUGAAUGUUGUUAUAACUGACCAAGGUUCAAGUGAUCGAACAGACUUCAUUAUGAGCAAGAAAGCCUUCAGGAAGAUGGCUCAAUCUACAAAUGCAGAAACAUCUUUACUAUCACAAGGAAUUGUAGAUAUUGAAUAUAGAAGGGUUUCAUGCAAUUACCCGAAGAAUAACAUCACCAUCAAGAUAGAUGAGAGCAGUGACUACCCGUAUUACCUUGCUUUUGUCAUAUGGUACCAACAAGGCCAAAACGACAUUACUGCUGUGCAACUAUGUGAGACAAAAAAUUUCGUUUGUAAACUGUUGGAUAGAAGCUAUGGAUCAGUUUUCACAACAAACUCUCCACCUAGUGGAUCAUUGUCUUUAAGAAUGCUAUUUAGUGGUGAAGAUGGAGAUGAAAAAUGGGUUGUUCCGGUUAAUAUAAUACCUGAGAAUUGGAAGAAAGGAGACAUAUAUGACACAGGGGUACAAGUGGAAUAAGAAACUAAUUCAUCAUACCAUCAAAAUACCAGAAGUUUAUUAUUGGAUUGUAGGAUAGUGUUAAGAGAUUAUCAUAAGUAUUGAUGUUGUGGUUAUUUAUUCUCUUCUUUUUUUUGUUUAAAAGUUGUACCAGUUUAAUUCGUUAUCCUGUACUCUGUAACAAUUGACCAAGCUACAGUAAAAGUGUAUCCAUUUAUUUUAAGCA